AUGGAGGAAACGGCUCAGGCACCGGAUAAACCAGAAGCGUUCGAUCUGGACCAGGAGCCGGACUUUAGCGGUGUCAUCGAUCGGCGCAGUCCGUCGCUGGAGAAGGACAUCAAGACGUAUCAUGUGAAAAUCCUGAUAACGGAAACCGACGACAUAAUUCUGUUUGAGAAUGCCAGCCAUACCGUUUUGAAGGAUUCGGACGAAGCGGCCGCGGUCGAGGAGCAAAACGUGCACUACGAGACGAAGAAACGAAGCCGCCGGACGGCCGUGGCCAACGCCGAAGCCCAGACGCCGGAACUGCUGCACAAGUCACGUGGCGUCAAUACGGAGCGGAUCAUGAAGCAGGAAGUGGCUUCGUUUGUCUCGAAUUACGACAUGUACGACACGUACAACGACUUGGAGCGGCACACGAAGGAGAUUGAUCUGGCGGAAGCUUCCUCGUCCAAGAUCGAGAUUACGACGUACUCGCGGGAAGGGAUGGAAGACAUCGACGAGAUGCUGAACAAGAGUGACAACUUCCAUCUGUCGUCGAUGAUUCUGCAGAGAUUGCUGGCGGGGAAUGUGUACCGCGAGAAGCAGAAACGCUUCCGGAACAUGUACCUUCCGGAUCCGUUGAACACCGACGCGCGAUAUCUGUACCGGUUGGACACACUGUGGACUUAUAAGACUAGAGAAACCAUGGGUAAGGCCGUUGCAAGUGCCAGCUGGUGUCAAUCGGAUGGAGACAUCGUUGCGAUCGCGUACGGAAUUUACGGAUUCACGGCGUUCGAUGAUCGUAGCACCGGGUACGUGUGCGUCUGGAGCAUCAAGAAUCCGGUGAAUCCCGAGCGGCGUUACAUCUUUCCCGUUCCAGUGACUUCGGUAGCAUUCUCAAAGCGAACUCCGCAACUGCUCGCGAUCGGGCUGUACGAUGGAUCGGUACAGAUCAGGGACAUAACAGAUAACUCUCAAGUUCCGGUAGGUGUUUCCGAAAGAAGGACAUCUCCCGGAUUUGAACCCAUCUGGGAUAUCGAGUGGAUUGAGUCGGAGGAUGACAAAGAUGAGAUAUUGACAGCUGCUCAAGACGGAACGAUCAUGAAGUACACCCUUAACAUUGGUCAGUUCUUGAUCGGUUAUCAACAGCUCCGAUUAGAUCGCGUCGAGGGUGAAAUUGAGGGCAUCAAGGUGGACAAGAAACGUGACUUUCUCGAAGCGGACCGCCACCCGCAAGCCCUAAGCCUCAAAAUCCACCCGACGAAGAAAGACAUCUACUUUGUCGGAACGGACGAGGGUUGCGUUCACCGUUGUUCUAUCAACUACCCAUACCAGCACUCGGGUGUAACGCAGAUGCACAGCGGCGGUGUCUUCUCCAUCGAGUACUCACCCUGGAGUCCGAAAAUUUUCCUAACCUGCGGCGGAGACUGGUGCAUCCGUAUUUGGAUCGAGGAGAUCAUGGAACCCAUCGUAACACUAACCACCGGAUUCGGCCCAAUCCAGAAUGCCUUCUGGUCGCCAGUCAAUUCGACGAUCAUCGUGAGCAUCACACAGAGUUCGGUUCAGCUGUGGGACCUGAAGAGGCGCAUGCUGAAGCCGGCUUCGAGCACGAGUUUCGGCGAUUCCACGACCUCGCUGACCGUGGUCAAGUUUACCAACUGUGGCCGAAGUCUGCUCGUCGGGGACAGCGAAGGGCGAACGUACAUUUGCGCGCUCGAGGACAUGCCCUUUCCGCCGCACUUCCAGUACGAUGAGCUGCAGGCGGCGCUGUACAAGAGUUUGAUCUGCAAGCCCGAGCUGCUGAAGCAGGUUAAGCGGUUUGGCUAUUUGGGUUAUUGA